CAGAAGUGAACCAAGUUGCUGGGAAAUACUUUUCUACUGCAUCUGAAUGCAAAAAAAGAUGGAAGGUAGUUUCACAAGAUACAUGAAACAGUGUACUGGAAAAAGUGGAGAUUCAGCGAAAUAAAAAAAAAAUUAUUUAUGGGAUAUAAUGCAAUUUGUACUACCAUUCACAAAAUCAAGGCCUCAAUCGGGCAAUUUGCCUAUAGAGAAUGAUGGAGAAAUGUUUGAAACUGAGAACUUCAGUAUAGACGGCUAUGAAAAUGACUCAAGAGCUACCGGACUUGAAGAACAACCCUUUGAUCAUCCGGAAACAGAUUUAGUGGAUAGUGAUUUACAAACAUCGUCAUGUACAUCGAGUAGAUCCUCAACGAAAAGGAAGGCUCCACCCAAAACUCCAGUGGAUGAAAUGGAGCAUGCCGUCGUUAAGUAUUUCUCUCAAAGAAGUGCACCACAACCUGAAAACCCAGAUUUAGAUUUUUUUAAAAGCAUUCUUCCCGAUGUUGGUGCUCUAGAUGCGUCGGAGAAACGAAAAUUCAAGUUAAAGGUACCGCAGGAAUCAUAUGAUAAGUUGCAAAAAAAGAAUACAUCAGCAGUAUCGAGUGCUUCAACUUCUGUGUCUAAUGACAGACAGACUAGGCAAUCUGUAAUAUCGGCAUGUAAUGACUUAUCAACAAAUACAUCAACGAAGGCUUCUACUUCUGUUUAAAAUCAAAAUAAUAAUGAUAAGCAAACCACGAGGCACGUAUAACCGUGAUAACAACAUUCAGGUUGGCUACUUCAUCCCGAUUGGACCUGGAGUAAGCAUGCUUGUUGAUGAAGGCAAUUAUUCACCAAAUUAUCAGCCUGGUUUUGAAGCUAAUUCACGUAACCAAAAUUAACUGUCGCAUU